AUGAAUUCAAGCUCAUCAUACUCAUCAAGUUCAUCAGAUUCUGAUGAUGCAUCUUAUACUUCUUCCCCUGCUACAACAGGAAAAUAUGGCAAACGAUUCACAAAGGAAGAAGAUGCUCUUUUGAAGGAGCUUGCCAAGGACAAGAAGAACCGCACAUGGAAAGAGAUUGCUACGUUCCUUCCAGGUCGCACAGCAUGCCAGUGCCGCGACAGGUACAACCAGUACCUUUUCAAAGAAGUUGUUAGCAAGCCAUGGACAUCAGAGGAAGACGAGGUUAUUGUUGAGAAGUACCGUCUUUAUGGUCCACACUGGGUUAAGAUCUCACAGUUCCUUCCAGGUCGCAGUGGCAACAACAUCAAGAACAGGUGGAACAGUGCCUUAACCAAAUAUCACGGAAUUCAACACAAAAACGCACGUCAAGAACGAAGAUCAAAGAAGGAUAAGUGGGUUCAACAAUAUAAACAAAACGAUGAAUUAUCAAUUCCCAUUAAUCAAACAUUUGCAGUUCCACAGCAAUCCAUUCAAAACCAAACUGCUUAUCCAUAUAUAAUUCAACAAAGCGUAACAUCUUAUCACGAUAUCGCAAAUUCAAUUUCUGAUCCUAAUAGCAUUAUGACCAAUCAAAACUUGACUAAAGUUUUUAAUUCAUUAGACGAUUCAGAGGUUGCAAUAGAAUCAUUGUUUGAACAAUGCAAUGACGAAUUUCAGAAUUUUGUAUUUUAA